AUGGCCAAGGGGUUAUAUGCAGGACAGGCGUACCUCCAUUUAAGCGAAUGGGUCCUCACAGAUACAAUGAGAGUAGAAUCCAUGAGCGGUGACAUGGUUCUACACUUUCGCACCCUCGUUCCGUCCCAGCCGAAGGGUUCGACAGGGGACAAUCACAUCGCCUGGAAAGAUCGAUCCAAUGAGCAGACCAAGCCCAGCCAUGAAGAAUACAUCAAGUGGAUCGGGCGCAGAGGCCAGCUUAGCGCUGGUGGAGAGGCCGAAAAACAGUGGCUGGCGUACGCCGUACGCCGUACAGUGGCCGCUGGCCGCUGGUCUCUCGUCGCGUCCGCGGGCCAGUGA